AUGUUUACUGUCAUCAACUCUAAGUUGGGACUUAGAAGAGGAGGAAUGCAAACUGUGACAUCAGCUGCAAUGUCAGAGAUAAGGAGAUAAAGAUAAACAGAGUUUAGAAAGAAAAUCAAGGAAACCAGGACUAAUGAUUUCAGAAAGAGACCUCUAGGUUAAUUCGAGUUGUACACACUCAAUGACAAAUUGGAGAAUUCCUCUGAUGAGGAUGAAUUUCAAAAAUAAAAGAAAUAGAUUGAACAAUUAGAAUUACCUUUUGAAUCCUUAACCAGCACUCUCAGAACUACCAAACCUGUGUUCAUUGAAAAAAAGAACUAUAAACAGGCAAUUGUUCAAAAAGUGAAAUCCAAAAUCCAGAGCUUCUUAAAAACCAAAGAUAACAAUAAGAUUGCCAUUCAAAAUCAAAACGAUAAUUGGGUAUUUCACGCAGAUGGCUACGGUAAAUUAAUGUGGGAUACCUUCUGUAUGUUAUUGAUUUUUUAUGAAAUCUUAAGCAUUCCCUUCAAAUUAAGUUUCGAUGUAGAAAUCAACGCCACUUUAGAUUAAAUAAUCGAUAUAAUGUUCAUGUCUGAUAUCAUUAUUACCUUCAAUACGAGCAUAUACAGGAAGGGAAUACCCAUAUAUGGUAGAAAACAAAUAGUUCUCAAUUACAUUAGACUUUGGUUUUGGAUUGAUCUCGCCGCCUCAUUUCCUUACGAUUCCAUAAUUACAGCUUCGACGGGAGUGAGCGAGGAUGAGAGUUCAUAAACUACAACAACUCCUUCUAAAGAUGCUACAAAAUACACUCAAACAUUAUCCUUGCUGAGACUUGUUAGAUUCAUGAGAUUUAUAAAGAUCAUACGUCUGUUGAGAUUGGCAAAAUUGAAGGUUUUCUUUGAUAAAAUUGAAGAUGCCAUUCAACUCAACAUUAUGUUGUCUACAAUAGUAAGCUUUAUCAAAUUGAGUGGAUUUGUAUUAUUUUGGUCUCAUUGGUUAGGAUGCAUCUUCCAUUAUAUUGCUGUUAAUGAAGACUCCUAAAACAACUGGCUCUAUUAUUAUGGCAUCUAUGAUGAAGAUUGGUCAGUUAAAUACAUCAACUCUCUCUAUUGGGCUGUUACUACUAUGAACACUGUUGGUUAUGGAGAUAUUUCCCCAAGAACUCCUCUGGAAAGACUAUUUGGAAUAUUCUUUUUGAUGAUAGCCACUGUUGUAUUUUCAGUCACUUUGAAUAGUAUUGGUUCAUCCUUGUAAGGGAUGGAAGACAAAAAGGCUGAAAUUCGUAAGAAAUCAAAUCAGAUUUUAAAAUACAUGAAAAAACUGCAAAUUCCUGUUGCUUUAUAAAAUAAAGUGAAGAAAUAUCUAACUUAUAUUUGGGAACAAGAAGCCAUCUUUAAUCUUGAACACAUAACUGAUAAUCUAUCUUAUGCUCUCAAAUUUGAAUUCGAAAUUCAAGUCAAUGGUACAAUCUUAGGCUACUGCCCUCCUUUAAGACAUAACUUUUAAAAGACCUUCCUCAAAUAAGUGACCAAGACUUUCAAAUAAUACACAGCUUUACCAGAAGAAUUCAUAUUCUUUGAAAACGAAUCAAUAGCUACAGAAAAGCAUCUCUAUUUCAUUUAAAGUGGCAACAUUGAGAUUAUCCUAUAAAGAAACAAUUAGAAACUCAAUAAGCUAGAACAAAAAGACUAUUUUGGAGAGAUUGGAUUCUUUACAGGUUUAUCUAGAACUGCAUCUGCAAGAAGUGUUAAUUAUUCCUCUUUAGUCUAUAUUGAUAAGUCAUUGUUUACAUAACUGUUGAAAUAAAAUCAAAUUGAUUUGGAAAGAUUCAAUUACAUUAAAGACGAAAUCAUAUUCAAUAAAGGUUAUCAUCAUAUUAAUGUCUUUUGUUAUGGUUGUCUUAGAGAUGACCAUACUGUGAUUGAUUGUCCAGAUAUGCACUUUAUAGUGGAAUAGCAGCAAUAUUGUUAAUUUAAAUCUAAUUUUUAGAAGAAAAUGUAAAGUCUUUUUGAGAGGAAUGACAGAGUUUAUGUGCAUGCCCUUCGCCAUAAAAAUAUUGUUAAAUUUACUGUCACUCAGAUUUCUUCCCUUGCUUAAAAACUUAUGGCUUAGUAUGAUGAGUGCAAUUUAAUUGACGAAAUGGACAAUGGGUAAUUAGUAGAAGAGAAAUUUGAAACUUAACAAAAGUUAGCUAAACCUCCUAAAUUUGGUCCAUUCAGGUCCAGAUUUAGAGAGGAUAAAGCUAAGUAUAGAAAAAUGAAAUCCUACAUCUAAGAUUAAGAGAUGAAGAUCAAGUCUUUAAAAGCCUAAUAAAAUAUCAGUUAAUUACUUUUGAAAUGUAGUAACUCAUAUUAAUUCUUAGAACUUAGUAUUAUUAUGCAAUAAAAAUCGGCUAAUUAAGAGGAGUAAGUAAUUAAAUCUGAAUUCCCAUAAACUAAAUCCAUGGCCACGUCUAUGAAAGUAAUUUCAAAAUUUAAAGAGGAAGAAGAAGAUGAUAACAAAGAUAAACAAUCAUCUGAUUAUUAGACUGUUUCCUCAUCUGAUUUUGAUGACGAGGGAAGUGAGGAAUAGGCAGAUAAAUUAACCUAUAAGGAAAUGAAGACUUAAAAUCAAAUAUUAGAACUAUUAGAAACUUAUAAUCAAUAACAGAAGGAGAGAGAACAGAGAGAGUAAUAAAAUAAGUUAGAGUCUUAAUUUAUUUUAAUAAAUAACUUUGAAGUUGGAGCUGAUUUUCAUAGCUAUUAUCCUAAAUACAAUAAAGAAUAAAUGAUCUACGAAUAUAACAAAAUAAAAGACAAUCAGAGAUUUAGACCCAAUUUAGUCUAGUUUUACGAAAAUGACUUUUAUCAUGAAUUAGGAAUAACGUACAUAUUUGAUAAUGGAAGUGAAGCCCUCAUAGAUAGACGAUUUAAAACCAUGUUAUAAUAGGACAGACCAAGUGGCAAGAAGUUAACUAGAAUUGCUAAAUAAUCUAUGGGAUUAAUUAAAAUGCCUGAACAAUUAAGUUAAUUUUAAUCAAAUAAUUUAAUUAAAUUUAGUGAUUAGGAGAUUGAAUGA